UUUUUUUUCUAAUAAUACAGACGCCGCUUGCAUCGUAUUUGGAAUCGGACGAUAAAGGCCGUAAACGCCACCUAUAGUCUUUUCAAAUUGCAGCUCUGAGUGGAUUUACAACUUUCAGCAUAAUAAAUUCAAAUUUUUGGAUAAGAAUGGAAUCGCUUAGAUUUUGAAGCACGGAAGUAUGAUAAAUCGUUGACGUGAAUGCACGCUAGAAUGCAUCGAGCUUCUAGAGCAGAUAUCACAACCGAUGGAACAUAUGCAACUUUCAAACAAUGGCACGGGUGUCCCAAUUACCAGCUGCUUUUCAGAUUUCAGGAGCUGUUUUUCUAAUAAUAUUUGGCAUCGUUGCCAUCGUAUUAUCAUGCAAAUGGUCAUAUUUCGCUGCUCCAAUUAUCGUUGGUAUAUUGAUACUUGGUCCAACAGGGAUCAUUGGAAUAUGUUUUUCCAGAAGAGGAAUUGCUCUUUCGCCUACCAGGCAUAGGUCCUACAGGGUAUUAUCUUGUAUAUCGAGUCUUAUUUCGUUGGCAUUAGUUGCUUUCUAUUGCUCCGUGGCUGCUUUGGAAGAUGCCUCACAAUGCACACCGGGUUUGAUGAGUUCGUCAUUUUCUUGCGAACAGUUGGAAACGAGACGGGCCAUUGACGGGGUGGUCGCCGCGGUUGCAUGCCUCGAGUUCAUCGUCUGCAUCCAAAUAGGUUUGGAAGUACAAUGGUGUACGUGCUUGGGUCGAAGGGCGACGGCAACAAAGACUUUGUCUCCGCAGAAUCUUGAUGGAGGUAAUUUUUCAUUGCCCGAAACUGCGUCAGAGAAAAAACCAAAAGGUGCCGAUAAUACAGGCUAUGAAGGCGGGGAUAAUGAGAAUACAAUCAUACGCCGUAAAAAAUUGGUUGGUGGUGACAUGAGGGGGAUUAGGAGAACAACUAAGUACCCUGCAAGUACAAAUGAUUUACUAGACACCAGAAUGUUUAAGUCCACAGGGCCUACACAAGACUUAGAAGAGCUUUGUGGGCCACCCUCUGUCCCAAGGAAUAUUUCAGAAGGGUUGGACGAAUUAGGAGCAGGAGCAAGCGGAGGAGUUAGAAUGCCUGACUCUGAACUCUUCCUUCCACACAGUCGUCUUGAGAAAUUAGCCGUUCAUGAUCAAUUUUUGGAUGAUAUGGAAGAAGACCCAGAUGAUGACGAUCCAGACAUGUCUAGUCAGAUGAUCCAUCCAUCUAGAGGAGGUACAAUCAUGCUACCUGCCCAUGGUAUUAGUCUCUUUAUCCCAGUCUGGGCUUUACGAAAGGAAUGCAGAAUCACGAUGAAGGUUCUACCACAGCCAUCAAGUCCCCUUAUCACAGAGGAUGAGGCAUUUGUGUCACCGGGUGUGAUCUUCGAGCCAUCGGGGACCAUUUUUGAUACCCCAUUGAGGUUGGUGGUUCCCCAUUGCGCAAUAUUAACAGAUCCCUCCAUGGCCAUGGUCAACAUGCACGUCACACAGGGCGAUAAAGUCACCAAGGAAGAGCUAUCACCAACUGGGAUGCCUCGGUGCGUUGUCAGGCAGGACAUGAUUGAAGUGUACAUCAACCACUUCUCAAUCUGUGAAAUGUUCGUGGUAAUUUCGGACUAUUUCCUGGGAAAGCGUGUCGCAUCGACGCCCUACCUUCCCAAAUCACUCAGCCGUCUACAACCGCAAUGCUGCCACCUACGUUUGUACAAUGACACCCCAGGCCUUGAAGACAUAAUUGGUACUGAAGAAGAAAAGCUUGGUUACGUCAAAAUGGCACCGACCAAGAAAAUAUUCGUCCUUUGGGAGAAGGGAGAACUCAAGAUCAAAUGUGACGUAAACAGUGGCCACGUGACUGAAAGUGAAAAGGCUGUGUCACUAGACGAAAUCUACAGACUGGAUAGAAAUGUUCUCAAUUUCUUAGUGAAAGCGAGCGGUAACUCUGAUGUUUUUUUUACUUUCCAAUUCCGGCCGCAUUGUGACGAUGGUCAUGCCUUCAGUGCUAAAUUCGGUGACAUAACUGACGCACCAAAAGGUUCUCUCUCUGCACCUGAACCAGAUGGUGCAACGUCUUCGGGGAGCCCAAAUGGGGCACAAACCAAAUCAGAGUCAUCAUCAGCCUCCUCAAAAAGGCUGGAUGACAAGGUUCUCUACGAUCUAGCCAACGAAAUCGAAAACGAUGACCAUCUUGAUAGGCUGAUGCAAGCUCUGAAAGUCCCCUCUGGGGCGCAGCAACGGUGUCACGAUCUCAACAGGCUGGAAGGCCAGGUUACCGCCAGAGGAACCCACAGAAUACUAAUGGACUGGAGAGCCGAAACGGCAGUUGCAGAACAACACGACAGGCUGAAGGGAGCCCUCACCGAUGCCAAGUUAUUGGAUCUAAGGGAUAGAUUCUUCUCCCUUGAAAUCACCUGAAAAUUGAAAACACUACUAGUAUAUGGUCAGAGAAAUGACCACUACAAAUUUAUAAAUGUGUAUCAUAUUUUUAUGAAAUUGUAUUGACCGGAAAAAACACUGGCAAAUUUGAAUGUAAAUUGUAUAGACUGGAUUAAGCCAGUCAUUUUGUUUUCUGGUUUCUUGUUUUGUAUCAUUUUGCUUUGUCUACUUUUUUGUAUAUUUCAAAAGUUAACAGAGCAGAAAUGGAAAUAGAAAUAUAAAGUGAUCAUUUUACUGCGCUGUUAUAGGCCUAUGUAUUUAGGUUUUAUUACUCAAUUUGAUAUUUAUUUUUGUAUUCCUCUAGUCGGAGAAAGAUAUUAUACAUAAAGUGAUCAUUUUACUGCGCUGUUAUAGGCCUAUGUAUUUAGGUUUUAUUACUCAAUUUGAUAUUUAUUUUUGUAUUCCUCCAGUCGGAGAAAGAUAUUAUACACCCCCCCCCCUCUCUCUCUCUCUCUCUCUCUUUGACACACACACACAGACUUAUUCGCGCAAUGUGUAUUUUAAAUGAAUAUUAUUUAUAUUGUAAAUAACGGGGAUCCAUUUUCAUUUGUGUGUCGUUGAAUAAAUACUGUUAACAUUUUACGCAAUGCAGGCGCGGAUCCAGAGUUGAAAUUUUACGGGGUGCUUCAGGAUCCAGGAUUUUUUUAAAAAGGGGUGGCACAUUUUACAUGUUUAUGGGCGAAAAUCUCAGGGGGACAGGGGGGGGGGGAGACGCGUCCCCCUACCCAAAUGGUAGGGGGCACAAUUUCAAAUGUCCCCUACUAUGUUUGGUAUUUUAUGAUGGAAAAAUAUACAUCAUUCAAAAUCGAAAUAAAACAUGUAAUUAGGACGAGAUGACCUUGCUUGUCAAAUUUAUUUUUGUCAAAAUGACCUUUAAAAAAUUUGGGGAUGAUAACCUUUUUUCUUUUUCUUUUUUUUUUGCUUAUCAAAUUUCCAAGGGGUAACCCGUUGAGAAAUUGACAAGGUUGUCACCUAAUUAUAAGGUCAUUGAUUCGUCCGCCCCCCCCCCCCACCGCCCUAGAUCUGAGCCUGCAAUGUGUGAAUAUCCAUCUUUCCCUGAAACAUGUUUAUAAUUAUGAAUGCCUAUUUCACGCAGUACUGGAUUUCGGAAUUAUCAAUUUUAGAAAUUAUAUAAGCACAUGCAGAACCCGGCACCUACUUAUUAAAACUCGUUAAAAAUGCCUGGGGUUGCUUUUAUUUAUAUGUAUUUAUGCAUCGUAUAUUUCUGUGCAAUUCGUAGAUAUAUCAAUAUUUGAGUUAUAUAUUAAAACAAGAACAACAGGUCGGUGAGCACUUUUCUCAUACAAACUUUCUCGUACAAAAAAAGCUAUUUAAAAAGUGCAUUGAAAAUGUAGUGAUGAAAUAUAUAUGAAAUAUUCGGGUACGUGGAUAGAAGAUUUCAAAUGUAAAUAGUCGGUAUUCCAUAGAAGAAAGGUGAAUGGCUUACUAUUGUAAAACUAUCAUACUGAGUUCUUUGUUACGCCUAUAAUGAACGUACAUGCAUGCAUCAAAUAAUAUGAAAUGAAUUAGGCAAUUGAUAUCGUUAUUGUUUAUGGAUCAUGCACAACGCUGAUGUAUUACACUGUAUGAAAGUUGUUAAGAAUUUUGAGCACGUUGUUUAAGCCCUUCAAUCUAACGACUAUUGUUUAAACUUUUUAAGCAACUGUUUAAACUUUUUUAAACAACUGUUUAAACUUUUUAAACAAGUUGUUUAAAAGAUCAAACAAUUACACAAAGUUUAAACAACUUGUUAAAGUGACAGGCUUAAACAACGUUAUUUUUUAAUUUUUUUACGGUUUAAUGAAUACAGAUUGUACUGUACGGUGACUUACUGACGUUACGGAAAUCUCAAACUUUGAGAGGCAUAACUAAAAUUUGUAAUGAAUGCCGUUAAAACAGGAGUGUGCCCCCCCCUUAAAAAGUAAAGACAUUUUUUUUGCUUGUCAAGUUUUUCAUGGACAAAAUUUUUGGUUAAAACCCUUCGUUGGUUUGUUUUAUGGGCUUGUCAAAUUUUCAUCGAGAAAAUGCCCCCCCCCCUUUUCGGAAAUCCUAGAUCCGCCCCUGGUUACACCAUAUAGCAACACCCCGCCCCCUUCAUCCUCCACGUUCGAAAAAGAAAUAUGUACAAAACCAUCGAACUACUCACCCUAUAUGUACUUUUGAUAAUUUUAUUAUUUUCAUUAUAUUUUCUUUGCUUUUUCUUUCUUUUUUGUCAUAAGUAAUUAUAUGCGAUCCGUUUUCUUUGUAAUCAUGGAAAUGAAUAAAGAAAGUAGGGGGCCUACUCGUCCGA